GCGAGGCAAUUUGACGUAAAGAAAGCAGAAGCUAUGUUUCGUGAAAAUGUCGAGUUAAGAGACAGAUUUGAUGUAAAUAAUAUUUUGAAGUAUUUUACACCCCCAGAGGUUCUACAGAAAUAUUUAGCUGGUGGUUUAUGUGGACAUGAUAAAGAUGGUUCACCUAUACGCAUUGAGUUAUUUGGUAGACUAGAUAUGAAGGGAUUAAUGUAUUCAGCUAGAAAGAUGGAUAUGGAGAAAACUAAAAUCUUACAAUGUGAAAUGAUAGUAGAGGAUUGUAGGAAACAAUCUCAGAAGCUUGGUAAGAAAGUUGAUCAGUUAACAGUUAUAUUUGAUAUGGAAGGUGUCAGCAGUAAAAUGUUAUGGAAACCAGGCUUACAGAUGUACAUGCAUCUAGUGUCUAUAUUAGAAGAUAAUUAUCCUGAAUUGUUAAAGAGGAUGUUUGUAGUAAACGCACCAUCUAUAUUUCCGGUCUUAUAUAAGAUAUGUCGCCCAUUAAUAAGUGAAGAUAUGAAACUUAAAAUACAUGUACUUGGAUCAAACUAUACAGAAACGCUGUUAAAAUACAUUGAUCCAGAAGAACUUCCAGUAUUUCUUGGUGGUAAAAUGAAAGAUGCUGAUGGUAACCCAAAAUGUGAAUCAUUGAUCUGUCAAGGCGGCGUGGUACCACAAUCUUACUAUCUAAAAGACAAUCAAGAUAUGAGCCAAUUUAAGGAAAUAGUAGUGCCAAAUGGAGAAAAAGUUAAUUUAUUUUUCAAAGUGGAUAAAAUAAAUACUAUAUUAAGCUGGGAGUUUCAAACUGAAGAUUUUGAUAUUGGAUUUGGUGUUUUGAUACAAGAAGAUGGUAAAACUGUACCAGUCGUUGAAAGUGAAAGGGUUAACAGUCAUAUGGUACCCCAAGAUGGAACUUAUACCUGUAAACAAACCGGCACAUAUGUAAUUUGUUUUGACAACAGUUUUAGUUGGGCUCGGGAUAAGAAGGUAAAAUAUAAUGUAGACGUGAUGGUGGAUGAUGAUUGUUUGAAAUCAGAGAUCGAAACACUAAUUGAUGAAGAGACACAAUGAACUCGGUGAUAUUUUCUUAUCAAUGGUGUAGAAUUGCAGCUGUUUUGUGCUGUCGCAUAAAUAAAACAAGAAAGUGAGAUGUCAAUAUAUAAGUUAACAUAGUAAUUUCCAUGAAAUUGGGAGUAAGCGCGUAAAAUAUUAUAUGUGAUUAUGCUAAGGUAUAUCAAUACUAAAAAUGUAUGUUAAGACAUUGGAUUAGAGUUGCUGAAGUGGAUUCAAACAAGGUUUUAUCUUUCAUUGAAUUUCACCAGAUUAUGACGUCAUUGUCGUAAAUACUGUUUGUCUUAAAUAACAUUUCCAAUCUGUAGUGUCAAAGUUUGCUCACGCUUCUAUUAGAACUGCAGGAGAACAUUAACAUUCCUCAUACACAUUGAAGGGUACACUUUACACUUUUAAAAUGCAUGUGUAUAAUAAGGCGCCCACCAUUUAUGAUGCUUCAUGAACAUGCAUAUCACUGGUUUAUGAUUUUCCUUAGGCCUAUAAUUAUUGAAUUUGUGUGAUACUUGUGAAAGUUGUUACAUAAAAAUUACAGUCAUAAAAUUUUAAGCAUCC